AUGAGACAAAUCCAUGUAGUCGUUCUUGGUCUGGAUGUACUUGGAAAUCCAUUCGGUCUUAUACGUGGAGUUGCGGAAGGUGGUGCUAUGGAAGGCCCAAUAGAAUUCAUCGAAGGAAUAGCAAUUGGCUCUCGAAAUUUGCUUGGUUCCGCUGUUGGUGGUGCUGCUGGUGCUGUUUCGAAGAUUACUGGUGUGGCUAGCAAAGGUUUGGCAACGUUAACAUUCGAUGAAGAUUACCAAAAUGCUCGAAUAGCACGUAAAGAAGUGGCUGGACAUACAGUAUCUGGUGUAGUUCUAAGUGGAAAAAAUGUUGGCAAGGAUAUUGCCCAUGGCGUUAAGGGUGUAGUGAAGAAGCCUGUUAUCGGUGCCAAAAAAAGAGGUGCACCAGGUUUUGUAAAAGGUUUAGGUAACGGUUUUCUCGGACUGAUCGCGAGACCGGCCAGUAGUAUUGCGGAUUUUACUAGUACGUCAUUCGAUUUGAUAAAACGAAUGGCAGUGCAUGAAGAGGCUGUUCAUCGUGUUCGAAGUUCACGUCAUGUUGGUCGAGAUGGCAUCAUUCGACCUUCUACUGCUCAUGAAAUGAGAGGAUUUUAUAUUUUUAAUGUUAGUGUUUGA